UAUAGAAGCAACACGGCACUCGGCACAGCAGUUGUGGCUGUGAGCAGCAGUGCAUUACAGUGACUGUGUCUGAUUUAUUAUAUGUUUUCAUACCACUAGCUCUCAGUCACCAUGGAAAGACCUGGGCAGGGAACAAGUGAGCAGGAAGUGGAAUAUCUGAAGAAAGUGUGUUCAGAUGUGACGUUGUACAGCCUUAAGGAAGGGUUCUUCAAGCAUUAUAUGGAGCAGAUAGAUGCACAGGUAUCUCAAGAUUACCUCCAUAAAUUUGGCCAGCUGAAGAAUAAUGAAGCGCGAAUUAUUAAGACCUGGGCUGUCAAGCCCAUCCACACGCUCAAAGUACAGAGCUUCUACAAACACAAGAGUAGAGAAGUAUCUGAAAGUCGACGCACAGAUGGAAACAAAGCAUAUCAAGAGAAGAAAUAUCAACAAGCACUGUUGAAUUAUUCACAAGCGGUGAUGCGCGCCCCAUACGAUGAAGGAGAGAGCCUCGCCCUUGCAUUAGCCAACAGGUCAGCAGUAUUGUACCACAUGAAAGAGUAUCAGCUGGCGCUCCACGACAUACAACUGGCUCUCCAAGUCAACUACCCAAUAAACCUCAUCUAUAAGGUGCUAGACCGUAGGGGUCAGUGUUACUUGUGUUUAGGGAAGUUCACUCUCGCCUUAAACGCUUUUACCGAGGCUGCCGAAGCCCUAGCUACAUCAAGUCUUGACCACAAGAAACAGGAACUAUGGAAGAACGACUUGAGGAUGAAGAUUCACACAUGUGAGGAGAAAGUUGAUGGAGAUGAGCCUGUGCCAGCUAGUAACAACGAAGUGACCUUGUUUUGUGGACAGUCCGAUCCUGCCCAAUGCCCUCUGCUGCGCUAUCUCUACACCAGAAGAAGAAUUAUCCCAAAUUCAAUUGACCCAGUAAUGUAA